AUGAGGGUUUUGUACGACUCUUUCUUUGCACAGACUCUGCGGGAACAGCGGGGCGUGCUGUGGAGCAGCAGCAGCAGCAGCAGCAGCAGCAGCAGGUGGGAAGUGGGUGCUGUGCUGCGCAGCAAAGAGACAGAUAUUGGGGGCCCCUAUUUGUCUCCUUCUCGAUACGCCAACUUCGAUUUUGAAGAGACACAAAACCCUAAAACAAACCCUGGAAUCUACAGGGCCAUUUGUUACCAGCUCGCCCUCGGAGACUCCCUGAUAUUCAAUAGCAUUCGCCUAGCGGAUAAACUGGACCCCGAAUUUUUGAGUGCUUCGGAUUGGCUACGGUCAGAAGGGGAUUCUCUUGCUGCUGCUGCUGCUGCUGCUGCUGCUGAAGAUGGUGAUGCAGCAGAGCCAGACACAGCAGCAGCAGCGACAGCAGCAGCAGCAAGAGGGCAGCCAGCAGCUGAGUUGGCGCUCGAGGGCUUCCAUUCGCCCACGCAGUUCUCGCCGGCAGCGUUCAGGGUAAGGCCCUAA